GGGGCGUGGGCGUGGCGUCGGCGCCUUAGCGGCUGCGCGGUGGCCGCCCCGUCCUUUCGGUCCCGGCGGCGGCAGCGCUGAACCAGCGGCGCCCUCCUUCGGCUCUCCGCGCCCGCGCUCCGGCCGUCCGCCCGCUCCGCCACCAUGACGGAACAGGCCAUCUCCUUCGCCAAGGACUUCCUGGCCGGGGGCAUCGCCGCCGCCAUCUCCAAGACGGCCGUGGCCCCGAUCGAACGGGUCAAACUGCUGCUGCAGGUGCAACAUGCCAGCAAGCAGAUCGCGGCCGACAAGCAGUACAAGGGCAUCGUGGACUGCAUCGUGCGCAUCCCCAAGGAGCAGGGCGUGUUGUCCUUCUGGAGGGGCAACCUGGCCAACGUCAUCCGCUACUUCCCCACGCAAGCCCUCAACUUCGCCUUCAAGGAUAAGUACAAGCAGAUCUUCCUGGGGGGCGUGGACAAGCGCACGCAGUUCUGGAGGUAUUUCGCCGGCAACCUGGCCUCCGGAGGGGCGGCCGGGGCCACCUCCCUCUGCUUCGUGUACCCGCUGGAUUUCGCCAGGACGCGCCUGGCCGCCGACGUGGGCAAGUCGGGCACCGAGCGGGAGUUCAGGGGCCUGGGAGACUGUCUGGUGAAGAUCACCAAGUCCGAUGGCAUCCGGGGCCUGUACCAGGGCUUCAACGUCUCGGUCCAGGGCAUCAUCAUCUAUCGGGCGGCCUACUUCGGCGUGUACGACACGGCUAAAGGCAUGCUCCCCGACCCCAAGAACACGCACAUCGUGGUGAGCUGGAUGAUAGCCCAGACCGUGACAGCCGUGGCCGGUGUGGUCUCCUACCCCUUCGACACUGUGCGGCGGCGGAUGAUGAUGCAGUCGGGGCGCAAAGGAGCUGACAUCAUGUACAAGGGGACCGUGGACUGUUGGAGGAAGAUCUUCAGAGACGAAGGGGGCAAAGCCUUCUUCAAGGGCGCCUGGUCCAACGUCCUCAGGGGCAUGGGGGGCGCCUUCGUGCUGGUCCUGUACGAUGAGCUGAAGAAAGUCAUCUAAGGGCGUCUGUCCCCGACGGGGCGUGGGGACCAGGAGAGUCAUGCAGAAUUCUCACCUGUGACGGACCACCCACCUUCGAGAAAUUCCAGUCGCCUGUCCCGGCCAGAUCGUGUCUGUAAGGGCCCGGGAAGGCUCCAGAAGGGGGCUCGAGACCACGCUGAUCAUUGGCAGCCGAUUCCAUGUAUUGAUUGCUGGGGGGAGGGGAACCCUGACACCGUCGUGGGCCACUCAGACCUAGAGUCCAGAUGCUUGUAGGACCCGUGUCGUGUUUAAGUAUUUAUUUAAAAAAGAAUCAUGUCUGCAUUUGUACUUAAGCACUAGCUAGUUCCUCUUUUGCACGGCCGAGUGUCUGCAAUCAUGUUCUCCGCGGGGCAUUCUGCAAAACAAUAAAAACAGGACACAGCC